AUGUCGCAAUCAAAGAUUACGACUGUGGGAUGGCAGCGACUGGGUGGCCGGAUCCUUCAGACCAGUUUUAAGACCCACAUGCUAAUCUCCGCCUUGCUGCGCCUCGCCUUAAUAUGCUACGGACAACUACACGACAGUCAGUCCGCCGUGCCAUACACAGAUAUAGACUACAAGGUGGUCACGGAUGGAGCGCGCCAGGUGCUGGCGGGCGGCACACCCUUCGCCAGGCACACUUACCGAUACAGCCCGAUUAUGGCCUACCUGCAGACCCUCAACAUUCUGCUGCAUCCGGCGUGGGGAAAGCUUUUGUAUGCCACAUUUGAUCUGCUCAUCGCCACGCUCAUUUACCGCCUGGUGCACAUGGAGAUCAAGAGUCAGUACCAGAAGACCGUGCAGCACCUACUCAGCAAGUUCAACAGGCCUCGGGAGUCGAACCAAUCGUUGGAUGCCCUGGACGCCAGAAGUCAUCCGGAGAACUUGGCCCGCGCAUCCGCUUGCUUUUGGCUCUACAAUCCGCUGACGGCUGUCAUAUCAACACGCGGCAGUGGCGACUGCUUCUCGAGCUUCUUCGUGAUCCUCACCAUCUAUCUGCUGCUGAAGUCGGAGCACGACGAGGUCCGGAGCCACUGGCUUAUAUUUGGCGCAGGCUUAGCUCACGGGCUGGUUAUCCACCUCCGACUGUAUCCGCUGCUGUUUAGUUUGGCUUACUAUCUGUCGCUGUCGACGCGCCUCACACAAACUCCUCUCGAUUUCCUGUGUCAAAUCCUGCGACCCAACAAGCAACAGUGGUGCCUGGUGAUCGGAACGCUUGUCAGCCUGGUGGCCUUCACCUGGACCUUCUACUCCAUGUACGGCUGGGAGUACAUAUACGAGGCCUACCUGUACCACUUCGUGCGCAAGGACCCGCGUCACAACUUUUCACUGCAGUUCCUUCUGCAAUACUUGGGCAGUGCAACGAGCGUGCCGGAACCGUCGGUGAUGCUGAAGCUCCUAGUACUGGCUCCGCAGUUCCUGCUUAUCCUCUACUUGAGUCUGAGCUUUGGUCAGUUCCGGCAGACUCUACCAUUCUGCAUCUUCGCAGUGGCCUUCGUCAUCGUCACCUAUAACUCGGUGGUAACCUCGCAGUACUUUAUCUGGUACUUGGCCCUCCUUCCGCUCUGUUUGAACAACUUCAAGCUGCUGUCGUGGCGAAGGUGCUUCACUCUCCUGUUCCUCUGGCUGCUCGCCCAGGCGCUGUGGCUACUGCCCGCCUAUUUGCUGGAGUUCCGGACGUGGAACACCUUUUACUGGAUUGGACUGCAGGGUGCCGUGUUCUUCGCCACCAAUGGCUACAUAUUGGAGCAGUUGUUGAGUCACUAUGGGUUCACCCAAUUUAAGAUAAGCUACAGAAAGUUACUCUAAUCAAACAAUCCACUAUACUUCAAGUAUGUGCAUAGAAGCGAUUUAAUACAAAAGAAAACAAUAUCACAAUUUACACUUAUGAAAUAUUAAAAUCAAAAGUUUGUAUUUA